CUCACCUGAGCACCCACCUGCAGCAAGGUGGGGCAUGGCAGCCGUGUGGCAGCAGGUGCUGGCUGUGGACGCAAGGUACAACGCCUACCGGACACCAGGGUUCCCCCAGUUCCGCACCCAGUACAUCCGGCGCCGGAGCCAACUGCUGCGGGAGAACGCCAAGGCUGGAUUUGAGGCAGGACCACGGCGCCGAUACCUCCGGUUGCGUGCCCAGCUCUUGGCCCAACGCUACGGGCCCUUGUCAGAGCAGAGCAGCUGCCGGGCCUGCAGCCACAGUCUAGUGGCCAAGUGUAACAAUCCCCUCUCCCUGUCCCAGGACUUCGAGGAGGAGGCACGGGCACUGGGAGCACGGGGGCACCGGCGCUCCGUCAGCCGUGGCUCAUACCAACUGCAGGCCCAGAUGAACCGUGCUGCCCAUGACGACAGGCCACCAGGGGGGCUGGUGCCGACGGCAGCUGCUGAGGCGAGCCGGGCCAUGGCUGGGGACACAACCCUGAGCGAGAACUAUGCUUUUGCUGGUGUCUACCACAUCUUUGACCAGCAUGCCGACCAGGCCGUGCCAAAGGUGGCGUUUGCCCAUGACGACCGACACCUUCUGGCCUGCUGCUCAUGGGAUGGGACACUGUCAGUGUGCCGCCUUGCACCAGGGCCACCAGCUGUGCUGCGGGUGCUACGCGGGCACCGUGGGCCCGUGGCUGAUUUUGCCUGGGCCUUGUCCAACGACCUGCUGGUCUCAGCCUCACUGGAUACCACCCUGCGCAUCUGGGCCCCCAGCGAUGGGCGCUGUGUGCGCGAGGUUCCUGAUCCUGAUGGCGCACCCCUGCUCUGCUGCGUCUUCCAGCCCCUCAACAACAACCUCACUGUGGUGGGGAACGGGCGCCAGGGACUGCACGUACUGAACAUCUCAACAGGGAAAACAGCACGGGGAGGCUCAGCUCGGCUGGGUGGGCGGGUGCUGUCUCUCUGCUUUGAUGCACCUGGGCACCUGCUGUGGGCUGGCGAUGACCACGGUGCCAUCUGCUCCUUCCUCUUUGACGUAGCAACUGGAAAGCUGACGAAGGCGAAGCGACUGGUGUUGGGGGGUGGUGCAGCUGUGACCAGCAUCUCAGCUCGGUCCUGGAUCAGCCGUGAGGCUCGAGACCCCUCAGUGCUGGUCAGCGCCCGUGGCCCUGGCGCUCGCCUGCUGCUCUACCGGGUGGUGGAUACUGAGGGAGGGCUGCAGCUGAAGCGCAGCUUCCCAGUGGCACAAGGGACGCAGCCCGUGCGCUCUAUCUUCUGCCCUCUCAUGUCUUUCCGCCAGGGCGCCUGUGUUGUGACAGGCAGCGAGGAUGCAUGUGUGUACUUCUUCGAUGUGGAGCGCUCAAGCCGGGCUGUAGUGAACAAGUUGCAGGGCCAUGGUGCCCCUGUGCUGGGUGUCAGCUUCAACUGCGACGAGAGCCUGCUGGCUUCCAGUGACGCUCGCGGCCAGGUCAUCGUCUGGCGCCGUGAGCAGAAGUAGCCACUUCCCGUCCUGGAUGACUGCAGCCUAUGAUGGA